AUUUGGGAAUUCCCCAGAAAAUUUCCCCGCCGAGGUUGUGUGGGAGUAGGUGUUUUGGGAUGGGCUUUUAGAAGCGGAUAUUCAGCAUGGAGACAAGGCACUGAGGUCUGAAGAUCUGCUCCGGCAGGGCAACCUGUGAAGGGCGGCAUGUUAGACUGGAGCCGACUCGCAUACUCUCACAGCCCAGACACUUCCAGUUAUCCCGAGCACAGGGGAAGAGAUGGAAGCACCCCUUUUUAUGAGUAUCUCCUCGAAUCUUCUGAUUAUAGAGAUCGAGAAACCCGUCCUGGAGGAGUGAUUAUUUACCUAAUACCUCUCUUUCACGCUUCCCGUAUGUUGAGAGAGGAGGAUGACACCACUGGCGAGCCAUCCAAAUUAUCUCCAUCAAUUCCAACGUUGCCUAGUUUACCUGAGUUUGAUAAGAUUUUGUCUGAUGAUGUUCCUAAGCCUCGUCGUCGAUCAAGAUCUCCAAGGAAGGUGCUAAGAGUAGCUUCUGAGUCGAAAUCUGUCCAUAAAGUUAAAAAACAACGACAGCUCCUCCCUAAACCACCUGAGAAAACAACCUCACCAUUAACUAGUCACUCUCCAUCUUCCUUUUCUUUUGAGUCUUCGGGUAUAUUUGUAGACAUAUCCGAUGUUGAAUUUGAUGAAUCAGAACUCACGUCAACAAUAAUACCUCAUGAGCUUUCAGACAUAUAUGGUGAGUUCACGGAGCCCACACCCAGCACAAGUCAACACGAUAUAGAUGUUUUCAAAGCAGUGACAGAGCCAGACUCAGAGGAAGAUUCAGGCCCAAGUAUCUCAGGCUUUAGCAGGAAAAGACACAGUGACAUUCCUCUUAUUUUGGACCUCUCUUCAUCAUCUACAGAGGCAUAUCCUGUGUUUGAACGAAGUUCAGAUGAGGUUGUAAAGACUUUUGUACAUGCAAAAGAGCAAGAAGGAAAUCAAGAGCCAGGCCCAAGUGUCUCAGGUUUGAGCAAGGAAAGACCCAGUGACAUACCUCUUACUUUUGAUAUCUCUUCAUCAGAGGCAGAGGCGUCACCUGGGUUUGGAAGAACGUCGGAUGAGGUAGUAAAGGUUUUCGUAUAUGAAGAGGACCAAGAGGUAAAGCAAGCAGCUGCUGAAUCCGAAAAGUCUCAGUCUGUGUUGCCGUUGAUUAAAGAAGAACUGAGGACCAGGAUUCAACUGAGACGACUAAUAUCCGGGGAUGGAGACACAGAACCCGAUAUUAAAAAACCUUAUAAGAUGACAUUAGAUGAAUUGAAAAAACGUGAGAGAAAGAAGGAACAGAACCGACGGGCGGCUCUGCGAUCAAGACAGAAACAAACAGAUCAAGAGAUCGCGAUCACACAGAGGCACCGUGAUCAGCUGAAACGGAAUGGGGUUUUGGAAAAGGAAAAGGAAGAAUUGAAAAAGGAACGCCAUUGGUUGGUCAAGCAACUUGAGCAUCAUAUCACUACUGAAUGUGUGCUGCCACGUUGUGCCACAGAUAUGGUAUAUGUCCAAUGUAUCAAAAGUGGUCAUCUUCAACAAAGUUAAUGGUGUCACCAGCAAUGCAUAUGUUCUGCACUCAAGCAUGCACAUUCAUAUACACCCAUGCUGUUAGAUACUUUAUUGCUGUACUUACCGUUUUGCACACGGAUGUCCUUUACCCCAAAUAAGGAAUCAUCAUUUAAGAAUUGUGUCUGUACAUUACGUAAUGUCAGGAAUUUAUGAAACAGAAAAUAUAUUUUUUACUAGUGGAAUGGAGGUUGAUGAUAAGGAUGUUAUGAACCAUAUAUAUGUAUCGUCUGCAGAAUAUAUUGCCAUUCUCAGGGACAACGAUAUGAAUUCAUUUAUCAAUUAGACACCUAGACAAAGAAAGGGCACCCAAUGAAGCCAGUUUAGAUCCUUAAAAGGAUCACGUCAAGGUGUUACGCAGAACUAAUACAAGGUCCAGAAGAACCUAUUAGGAGAUGAAAAGGAAAGACAAGAGCUGGCCACAGAAAGCAGACCCUGGUCAUUAAACCAUCCUAUUACAUCAACUCCAAUGCUUCAAAUACACCAGACACUACCAAGGAUGGAAGGGCAGUUUUAACGGGCUGUUCUGGGUCUCGACAACACGAACAGAAGUGGAGGACCCGAUGGAACAGAAGAAGCUGCAUCUUCCCAGCUGCUUUAGGGAUGGACCAUUACAUUUCUGAGAGUGGGAGGGCGUCCAGUGAUCUUUUUAGAACUGAGUACAAAUUAUUCUUCCAACUCGUCAGCCCUAGAAUAUCCAAUGGUCAGCUCCUUGGUUUCAGCUUGAUAUUCGUGGUAUGCUUUUAUUGUUACAAUUCUUUAUCAAGCAAUGACUAAAUUUAGAACAUCAUGCUUCAAGUCUAAUACUGAUCUCAUCACCAGGUGAUUGACAUAUUUUGUUAAUAAAUGCCAUAUGAUGUUAAUUUCUAUGAUUUCUAACAGUCUGCAGAACAUGCUUAUCCUUUUCGCAAACACCUGGUGUCACUUUACAGUGAUUCAUUGAUAUAAUGUUCACCUAUAUUUUCCUUUUACGCCCAAUGGGAUCUGUUUCGUCAAAUAAUCGAUAACUAAUAAUCUCGGGCGUUGACGUUUAUAUUCGCGCAUGUGUUCUAAAUGAAGUAGACAUGGUUCAGCAAAGAACUGCAUCUCAGAUGUAAAAUGUCAUACACAACAAGUUUGAUUUUAUCCACAAAAGUAAUAAUCAAAUAUGAAAUUAAAAUGAAAAGAAAAGUACUUUGAUGCAUUCGUCUGGCAUUUGAAUAUCAGGAAAUUAAUUUUGUUAUGCUCAAAUAAUCAAUACAUUUAUCAAGAACAUAUUAUGAAAGCAUGGUUUAGGGUCGUUUUAAUAAGGGCUAAGCUCAACUAUGUUUAUGUAGGACAUAGUUUCUGGAGCACCCUGGGUGGGUACAUUGAAUAAUGUAGAUAUGGGUCUUCUUGAACUUGUGUAAUAGUUUCGUUGGGUAAUGGGAUGUAUUUGUUCAUUCGUCAUAACUUUAUUAAUGUGUUGAACAUUUGUAUAUGAUUAUAUAAUGGUUUAUUCGUAAAUUUGACCAAUAUCUACGAUGAAAACAGUAACUUCAUUUAUUGACAUAAUAGAAAACAUACUCUGACAUAAGCGACAGUGUCGUCACGCAUUGUAAGGCACACUAACUCCACAAUUAAAGAUGUAUCGUUCAAUAUUUUAUUAUCAUGAUUUAUAUCCUCUUAUAGUUUAGAUAUUAUUAUUAUUAUUAUUAUUAUUAUUAUUAUUAUUAUUAUUAUUAUUAUUAUCGUGUUACCACCAGAGUAAGAAAUAUUAAAAAUAUAUUUCGAAUCAUAUUACAAUACGUAGAAAUCAGUCGUGUCUGGUUGUCGAAUAUUAGGUGUUCCGUUAAAAGAUGGCGUAUGUUAUUCAAGAAGGAAUGUAAUAUAUCAAUUCAAUACCGCGUAACACAUGAACUGUUGGAGAAUUGAACAAAAUUCCCUUCCCGUCCUUUCUGUCCAAUGUAUUAAAGUUGAAAUCUUUGGUUUGUAAAAUCGGGUUAUAUAGUUUGAGCCACUAGUGAUAAGAACAUAGUAUUGUGUUGUGACCUGUUAUCAAUAAUAAACAAAGACUCAUUAGUUAAGCUUAAUGUUUGAAAACGCAUAUAUGUAAUAAGAUUCGUUGACAAAAGCAAAGGAAUUGUUUUGUUUUGAAAUAUUCAUUUUGUUGUUGACAUAUUCUUUCUUCUGUUUCGUGUGAAUUUUGUUGUGUUUGAACUUCGAUUCAACAAAUAGUAAAGAUUGAAUCCAGGUAAGGACAUUUGGGAAAAAUUAGGAAUUAAUGGAAUAUUUUGAAUAUAAGCAUGCAGAGGUUUUUAACGUGGUCAUUAUUUUGUUAGUUUUAGUCAUAUAUGACUUACAUCGCGUACGAGAUCCGAAGGGAAGUGUUUUAUGUAAGUUAUAAACUGGAAAAUCUGAAACAAUAUUUAUCAACAAUUUUCUGUUUCAUACUAGACUGACAUUACGUCCCAGAAAUAAAGUUAACUUAUUUAGAAAUAUAUAUCUACAACAUUUUUAAAACUCAUCCAAAUGAAGCCCAGAACAAUCCUUGAGCCGAGGCAAUCCACAUAUGCCAAAUCUAGUCUUCUCUUUUAUUAAACGUAUUGUCUGGGGUCCUGGGGGACAGAUUUUUUUCCAGAUAAUUUCCAUGAAACGGCCAUAAAAUAUCUCUUGAUGGACGACAUCUAUUUGACAGAGAGAUUUUGAAAAGCAUGGUGAAGUAUGAGCUUUUCAGUGGCCUAGUGGUUCGCCCACAAGGCUAAAGAUACGAACGUUGCAAGUUCGAUCCAUGCAAAUAUAAAGAAAACUUUUGUUAUUUGGUUUUACAUCAUUCCUCAGACAUACAUUGUAUUCAAAUGCAAAAUAUAUCACUAGCGAGAGACAUUAAUGUGUCACAAUAUCACCAGAACUUGUUUCCAUAAAAUCCCUGGGGUGUUAUAUCAUCCCAGUACAUGUUAUGUGAUCCGAUUGGAUAACAAAGGACAACGUAACUGAAGGUUUAGAAGUUUAGUCAAGUCAUGAAAUAUUUUACAGAAAUUUUAAAAGAUCAAAAAUUGGGUUAAAUAUGAGAGUGAAAAUACACGGUGGAAAGGAUAACCCAAUACAGUAAAAAACUCCGUGCUGGACUCAGUAUUAUAUAUUAAUAGUGUUUACUGUGUGUGUGUUACUGCUAGUAGUUCGUUAUGCAAUUUCUAUAGUGACAAUGAAAUUUCCAGAAAUAAUAAUUAUACUAUUAAUUUAGACAUUGAUUCAAACAUAUAUAGGUAGAUUCAAUUUCAACAUUUUAUAGCUUCCUUAAGUUUGAAUUAGUUAACAGACACAGUAUUCAACUGAUGUGUUUAUUAACAACACAUGACCAAUUCUUAAUGAGGUUUUGAUGAGGUUAGGAGGUGAAACUGUGGGAAAUUGAUUGAUGCUAGGCUCUUUCGAAGCAUAUUAUGGUUGGUAGGAUGGGUGUUAGUACCACUCUUCAAUGAUCUUCUAUCGACCACAGGAUAGACAUUGGGCGAAGGGACAGAACUUCAUGUGUGCAACAUUCUGUUUGUGUGCUAUUUGUUUUUUUCUGGUCAGAAAUUGGCAACAUAUAUUCUAAUGUUUUACUAUCUGGUUCUCAGGUUAAAAUUAGGUUGAAAAAUUCAGGUCAGAAAUAAGAAAAUAUUAUUUUUAGUUUUGCCUUACUACGGUCGUAGCAAAGAAGCAGGGGAUCGUUAUUCCAAGGGGACAGUUUUUUUAUUUCUAUUUUGUUAAUAGUCAGCUUUCUUCCAAAGGCUGGAUGGUGGUUCAUGUCUGAGUCGGUCGGAAUAAAACUUCUCAAAUUUUAGUCUGAUCAGUCUUACAAAUCUAUUUACACACCAUGGCUAUCACACAACUAUGUUAUCGUAUAUGCAUCACUGCAAAUCGGCAAUUUUAUAUCUGAAAGUAAUUACAUUAUAGUAUAUAAAUUCAUUUCUUUUGAUAAGUUUAGCCUCACUGAAUGUAUUGUUAUAAACAGUUUAUUUUUAUUAUGAUGAUUAGCCAAUGUGUUAAUUUUAUAUCCUCAGCACAUGUCAGAUCUUGUUUUUGCAUCGUGUUUCUUAAUUGUCGUAAUGUCAACAAAUUUAUCGAUUUUCAUUUCUUCCCGCUACAAUGUUUUUCCUUUCAGAGAAACAAUAACAAUGCAACUCAUGGGUGCCUUUCAAUAUUUAACAUCAUGAAACAUUAGCUAACCAACUCUAAAGUCGUCUUCGGACCUGACGAACUUCAAGAAACAUUCUCUUCACGCUGAAGUUAGUUUGUUUGUUGUUUAACGCCACACUCAGCAAUAUUCCAGCUAUAUGACGGCGGUCUGUAAAUAAUCGAGUCAAUCCAGUGAUUAACAUUAUGAGAAUCGAUCCACGCAAUUGGGAUACGG